AUGCGCCUAUCGACGAUGAAGUACGCCAUAGUGACACUCCUUUUUGCAUUGCAAUUGGAGAAUAUUUGCGUCUCUGGGUCUACCGGGAGGCCAACUGGAAAGAAGGUCCGAGGAAGCGAUCAUCAAAACAGGAACCUUGUGUUUUUUCAGCAGAGAAAACAAGUCCCUUCGAACUACGCUCUCAAGGCAGGAUUAAAGAGAGCAAGACUAACAACAACAUUCUCUGUUCCAACAACUCAUCCUUCUGCACCCAGCAAAGCCAAGAGCCCAACAGAAGCCGAAGCGUUUACCUACUCUCUUGGCAAGAAUCCAUCUUCGCCAACUCCUCCCAGCGUUUGGCCGCCACAGACUCCAGUACCAUCUGAAUCGCCGUCGUCACAGCCUUCUCGCUCUCCAACAAGGAAGCCCACUCCGUUCCCAACCCUACUUCCAACACCAAGUCCUACAAAAGUACCAAUCAAGGUGCCAACAGAUACUUUGUCAUAUGUUGGGAACAAUGGAAACCCUAGUCAUGAGUUCCCUCUCGCAAUGUGUGAAGGAGAUUGUGACAGUGACAAUGAUUGCAUGGAUAAUCUAAUUUGUAGGCAACGUGAUGGAACAGAAAGUGUUCCAGGAUGCAACGGAUCUGGAAACAAUCCUGGCACAGACUUUUGUACUGAUCCCUCGUUAUCCCUUACCACACAAAGUAGUUCUGGGGGCUUCAUGCUUCGUCUCUAUUGGCAGAGCUCCUAUUUCUGGCAAGAGACACACGCCGAGACCUGGUGGUGUCUUGAAUGCACAAAAUGUGAUGAGUUUUCGUUGGGCGACGGGCCCAAUCACGGCUGCGUCGUGCCCGGGAAUAAUGGAGGCUCAUGUCGUGAAGGGUAUACAGUCUGGAUUCGCAAAUGUAAGGACACACGCCGUCAUUUCAAGUGGGACAUUUUAAAAAACAGUGGCUCUGGAGAUCAAGUCCGCGCUCGUGAUUCCAAUCUUUGCCUUUCUACAGUCAGCAAUAGAUAUGUUGAGAUGAAACAAUGCGACAGUGGGAGCUCUAGGCAGCUUUUCAUGCCGAUAACUGAUAUCAACAAGUUUGAACUUCGUCCAUACCACCAACGGACCUGGCCAAGGAGCAGCAGCAAGUGCCUUAGCCAACUGCACCAUCCUAAGGACAAAGAGUUGGUCGGCUUGCACAGUUGUGAGACUGCAAGGAAUCACGAGACAAUAUACUGGGAGGAGUAUCAUCGAUGA